AAUUGACCAUGCCAAAAUUAGUCCAUUAAAUUUUCUGUGGUAAAUUUCAAAUUCUAACUUUGUUUUCAUUAGAAAUGGAUAUUCAAAGUGGAAAAAAUACACAAAAAAGGUCAUCCCUACAUUCAUUUGCUAUAGAAAAUUAUAAUGGAGGGGACUAUCUAUCUUCUAGAACAUUUGGCGAGGAAGGGGAGUAUAGUGGAGGACUUAAAAAUCAAGCUCGUGACAGUGUAGAUGUAGAUGAUAUUGUAAAAAAAUAUAAAGAUGCAAAGUUAAAAACAAAAGGUGAAUAUAGCAAUCAAAAUUUAAUGAAGAAAAUGGAUGAAUACGAUUUGCUCAACGAAAACACAGGGUUUACGCAAUCUAGUCACAAUUUUUAUAAUUACGUCGAACCCAAGUAUUGUACAGCCUCUCUCAACAGAAACAAUCAUGUUUCUGUAAUCAGUAGUAACGAAACAAAACCAUAUCUUGUAUUAAAUGAAAAUAUUGGACAUAAAGUCACUUUUGAAGAGCAAAAUAAUUCAAAUCUUACAAAAGUUUAUGAGCAAACAGGUUUGACUUCAAGAGAAAAGUUCUGUUCUGAUAAAACAACGUAUUGUCGCCCAGUUGCAAGUCUCUACAAUGAAGAGUUUAUGCACAAAACAAUGGAAAGAAACUCUAGACUCAAACGAUUAGUCAAACAGUUAGCAAUCGCUCGGCAGCGAGAAAGGGAAUAUGUAAAUUGGAACAAUUUCAUAAAUGACUUAAAAAAUAAGCACGGCGCUGGUUGCAAUGAAUCGCAGUGGACCCAUCAGCCACAUGAACCAGAAAAGUAUAUAACCCCAGAUAUUAUUGACGAUCACUAUAACACUAGAUUUUCUUGUCGACAAUCUAGACCAUAUAGCAACUUACUAGAAGAUUUCUAUGAAGGAUAUUAUGUUCCACCUCAACCAACAUAUUAUACUAAUCGACCACUGCAUAAAAGUAAGCCUCAAUCAUAUUCAAAUCAUUAUUCCUCACCUUAUAGUACUAAUUCAUAUUGCUAUCCCACUGCAUCUCAAGGCAGACUUAUUAUGUUAGAACGAGAGAGACAAAGAAAUGAAUAUUUAAAUCAAUGGAAUAAUCGUUUGAGUAACAAUUAUUUUAGACAUGAAAAUAAUCUCAUAAAUAAAAACUACUACGAGAGGCAUUUAGCUGAAAAACAAAAUUUGAAUAAUUCAUUUACACCGAAUAAUAAUAAAAAUAUUGUUAAGACUUGUAUUCAAAGUGCCACAGUUCAAACAGAUAAUUAUUUGAGUGAAAAUAUAUUUAGAAAUAAGGCUACAAAUAAAACCGUAAAUCCGGUAAUCGAUGCAUUCAUACAAACUUUUGAAACUGACAAAAGGAUUGACGAAAAAUGCCAAGAUACUGAAAAUAACAUGAAAACUCUUGUUAAUAUAGAAAAUAAACUUGAUAGUCUAAUUGUUUGCAUAAAUAAUUUAAUCGAUGAAAUCCAAUUAAAUAGAAAGUCAAAACGAAAAACCAAAGCUGUAACGAGUGAAAUAAAUAAUAUCACAAAUAAAAAAACAAAUAUGGAUAAAAUUAAUACUAUGGGCAAGGUUGAAUCAGCAAGAACAGAUAAAUUAUUUAGUGGUGAAAUAAUAAACGACAGUUCUGAAAAUUCAGUUGAAACUUCUAACUUUUACCCAUGUACGGCACCAAAAGCCUCGGAAAUAGAUGAAAUUCUCAAGGAAAUCGACAAGUUCUGCUCAAAAGAUAGGCUAUUUAAAAGCCAGCCGUGUUCUGUAAAUAUAACUUUUGAAGUUCCUACUAAAGAUUGCUCUACAGAGGUAACGAAAUCUUUGUCUAAGCACCAAACUGGUGAAAAUGUUGAAAUAAUCGAAGAAAUUUGUACACCGGAGCAUAUGCCUAUGCAGAAAAUGACGAUAGCUGUGAACACUGAUCCUUUUAACUUCUUGUCUCUGCUGAGGAUCUCUACGGAGGCGUUAAUGCGGUUGUUAUCAAACGUUCAAAAUAUAACCUACCAUUCCUACUUGGCGUUGCUCCCUUUGCCACAAACGACGGCAAGAAAAGUGGAGUCACAUUUCACGUGCAAUAUUUGUGGCACCGCCUUCAAUAAACCGUCUGCACUUAGCGACCACAUCCAAGAACAUAAUCUGGGAAAGACGAGGGACUGUUACAUCUGCCGACAUGUCCUGGACGUGAGUGGAAAGGUGCCGAAGCUAUUCAAGUGCCAGUUCUGCGCCCAAAGGUUCACACGGGCCUACUGCUGCGACCUGCAUCAGCGCGGCUGUGCGCAGCGCUCGGGGCAGAUACAUGACGUAGCUUCUAGCCUUAUGUUACUGAGAUAAGACCAGAUUACAUACUGAACUCAGAAUAGGUCUGUGACCAACCAAGUGUAAGGAAGACACCAGAAAUCCUAACUUCUAUGGCGUAUCAUGCAACGUGUUUCUGAAGAUAACGCAGAAAAAAAAACUUGUUUAUUACGAGCACUGAUUUCUACUACCUAAUACGACUACGCUGGACCUGUGAUUGCCGACCUGUUU